GUUCGAGAUCGCAGCAGAUUGAAGAAAUUAGACCAGACAAAGAGUGUUUUUGGAGCAGGAGGAGCAGGCAGAAGGAGGGGGGCAACGGGCGAGAGAGGGGAGCACGCCUCUGGAGAGGGGACCUGGACUCCGCCUGCUGCUGAGUGUGUCGUAGUGAUGGAGAGAGACCGGAUCUCAGCCUUGAAAAGAUCUUUUGAGGUCGAGGAGGUCGAGACGCCCAACUCCACUCCACCCCGGAGGGUCCAGACUCCCCUUCUCCGGGCCACCGUGGCCAGCUCCACCCAGAAAUUCCAGGACCUGGGCGUGAAGAACUCCGAGCCCGCCGCCCGCCAUGUAGACUCCCUGAGCCAGCGCUCCCCCAAGGCCGCCCUGCGAAGGGUCGAGCUGUCGGGGCCCAAGUCCGAGCCCAUGUCCCGGCGCACCGAGAUCUCCAUCGACAUCUCGUCCAAGCAGGUGGAGAAUGCCGGCCCCCCCGGGCCCUCCCGGUUCGGGCUGAAGCGAGCGGAGGCGCUGGGCCACAAGACGCCGGAGCCCGCCCCCCGGAGGGCGGAGAUCACCAUAGUCAAGCCCCAGGAGCCAGCCCACCGGAGGGUGGAGACCCCCACCUCCAAGAUCCCUGAGGUGCCCACCGCCCCCAGUGCAGACCCUGCCCCCAAGAGGGUGGAGAUCCAGGUGCCCAAGUCAGCCGAGGUGCCCGCCUCCCCUAUCCCAGCCCAGACCCUGGAGAAUUCAGAACCCACCCCGAUGUCUCAGCUGCACAGCAGGCUGGAGCCCAAGCCCCAGCCCCCCUCUGCCGAGGCGCCACCCAGGAGCCAGGAAGCCACCGAGGCAGCUCCCGGCUGCGUUGGCGACAUGGCUGACACCCCCAGAGACGCCGGGCUCAAGCCGGCACCUGCACCUCGGAACGAGAAGGCCCCCGUGGACUUCGGCUAUGUGGGGAUUGACUCCAUCCUAGAGCAGAUGCGCAGGAAGGCCAUGAAGCAGGGCUUCGAGUUCAACAUCAUGGUGGUCGGGCAGAGCGGCUUGGGGAAGUCCACCUUGAUCAAUACCCUCUUCAAAUCCAAAAUCAGCCGGAAGUCGGUGCAGCAGCCGGCCUCCGAGGAGCGCAUCCCCAAGACCAUAGAGAUCAAGUCCAUCACGCACGAUAUUGAGGAGAAAGGUGUCCGCAUGAAGCUGACAGUCAUCGACACGCCGGGCUUCGGGGACCACAUCAACAACGAGAACUGCCUCAGGCCCCUGGACAUCGAGUUCAUGAAGCGCCUAAGCAAGGUGGUCAACAUCGUCCCGGUCAUCGCCAAGGCCGACACGCUGACCCUGGAGGAGAGGGUCUACUUCAAACAGCGGAUCACCGCCGACCUGCUGUCCAACGGCAUCGACGUGUACCCCCAGAAGGAGUUUGAUGAGGAUGCCGAGGACCGGCUGGUGAACGAGAAGUUCCGAGAGAUGAUCCCGUUUGCCGUGGUGGGCAGUGACCACGAGUACCAAGUGAACGGAAAAAGGAUCCUUGGCAGGAAAACCAAAUGGGGCACCAUUGAAGUUGAGAACACCACGCACUGCGAGUUCGCAUACCUGCGGGACCUCCUCAUCAGGACGCACAUGCAGAACAUCAAGGACAUCACCAGCAGCAUCCACUUCGAGGCCUACCGCGUGAAGCGCCUGCACGAGAGCAACAUGUCCAACGGUGUGGACGACAAGGAGCCGGGAGCCGAGGAGAUGUAGAUGCGCCGCUCCCGGGGCCCAGCCCCAGCCUCCCCGUGCCCCAGACCACCCAUUGCCCCGUUUCAUUUUAUAUCAUUUCCUCCGUUCACCAUCGUUCCCCCCCCUCCCCACGGUGCCCCCCGAGGACGAGAUGACUAGUGCCCCUGAGUGUGAUUGUUACUGGCUCCGCCAUGGGGCCUGGAGUGGAGGCCGAGCUCUGGCCGUCCCUGAGGUCUGGAGGAGCUGGACCGCGGCCGGGAGGGCUGGGAGAGGACCCGCGGAAUCGGUGCCGCCCCCGCCCCAGGCCCAGCUCUGGGGGCUGGAGGAGCA